AUGCAGACUGCCACGUCACCCGUUCCCAGUCUCUCCCACCCCUCAUCCUCCUCCUGCCUCUCCUCUUACUCCGCUGUUAAUGAAACAGCAGGAGGGGAAGGGGUUCUAGCCUCACAGCCCGGGUCAGUCCAAUCAGGAAACGCCACAUGUCCUGCUCCGCCUCUCCCUCCUCUCGCCACGUGGCACCCAGCCGUGGCAGCAGCCGCCACUCUCGCGCUUCAGCCCUGGUCCCCUGUUGCCGCCACACUCGUCGUCCUAGGGUUCGCCCUCCUGCUUCUGCGGCAGGUGUCUGCUGUCAUUAAGACAUUAGUAGUCUUCAGAGAGAGGGUUAAUAGGCUAGAGGCGGACGGAGCAAGCGCGGGGGCUGGAGGGGACGGGGGACUGGGAGAGGGGGAAGAGAGCGAGGGGGAGGAGGAGGAAGAGGAGGGAUCGGAGGACGGUGAGAGGGAGGACUGGGAGGGGUUCGCAGGUGGUGCAGGGGGGGGAGUCGUGGCAGUUGGCGAUGUCGGUUUAGCAGAGAGCCUUGCUGCGAUCAGUGAGAGUGUUGGGACGAACUCGCUGUUAGCGAUUUUGGUGAAUGAGGUGCGGGUUCCGUUGAGAGGGGUGCUGGGGGUGCUGCAGCUGCUGUCCUCCUCGCCCCUGGACGCAAUGCAGCAGGAUAUCUUGCAUUCUGUCACCGCCACCACGCGCCACCUCAUCCACGUGGCGAACAACGUCGUUGACACCUGGCGCGCGGACGGCCGGGCGGCUGCAGCAGCAGCUGCCGCCGCCGCCGCCGCCUCUGCUACAGCUGCUAUAGGCGCUGGUGGAGCUGCAUCCGCAGCUGCUGCUACAGCCGUUACAGCAGCAGGGGCAGCGGCUGCUAGUUCUGCUACAGCUGACAGCCUGGAUGCAGGAGGGGCGUUGGGGCCUGUGGCUACAGUGCCGGUGCCGCCCAGGCUGGAGUCGGCACUGUUUGAGUUUCGUCCGCUAGUGGACGAGGUGUUGGCUCUGACAGGCGGGGAGGCGUGUGAGAAGGGAGUGGAGAUAGCCGCGCUGGUCAUGGACUCGGUGCCUGCAGCGGUUGUGGGCGAUCCACUCCGACUCAGACAGGCUCUGACAAGUGCGUGUGAGAAGGGAGUGGAGAUAGCCAUGCUGGUCAAGCGAGUGGAGAUAGCCGUGCUGGUCAAGCGAGUGGCGAUAGCCGUGCUGGUCAAGCAAGUGGAGAUAGCCGUGCUGGUCAAGCGAGUGGAGAUAGCCGUGCUGGUCAAGCGAGUGGACAUAGCCGCGCUGGUCAAGCGAGUGGAGAUAGCCGUGCUGGUCAAGCGAGUGGACAUAGCCGUGCUGGUCAAGCGAGUGGACAAUGUGCCAGCAGCUGUUGUGGUGUGGGGGAAGCGAAUCGGCAGUGGCGGUGGUGGUUCUGCUGCUGCUGCUACUGCUGGGGGUGCAUCUGGAGCCGGGGCAAGGGCAGCGGCGGACAGGAGGAGGAGGGGCAUCCGGCUGGUGUUUAGUCUGGAGGACACGGGGGCGGGGCUACCGGGGGAGGUGCUGGCAGCGAGGGAGCGGCCGUUUGAGGCGGUUCACAUGAAGCUGCAGCAGAAGUACGCGGGCGUGCCGCUGCUGCUCUGCUUUGCUGAGAGGCUCGUGAACUCCAUGUCAGGACAAAUGUCGCUAUCCACGCGCGUCAGCACCGGCACCACCGUCACCUUCGACGUCCUCCUGGACCAGCCUCCCCCAGGUGCCCCCUCCCCUGGCACUGGCGGCAGCAGCGGAGGCUCAGCUGGAGGGGUCGGAGCAGUAGCAGGAGGAGGAGGAGGAGCGGCAGCAGCGGCAGGGGGGGCAGUGCCGCGGGUGUUUCACAUAGGGUACGGGGCGAUAGGGGACGAUCAGCACGCGGAGUGUGCGGGGCUGAGGGCGAAGCUGCGGGGGAUGCGGUGUCUGGUGGUGGAUGGGCGGCCGGUGAGGCAGCAGGUGACUGCCACGUACCUGGCCCGCAUGGGCCUCCGAGUUGACCUCUCUGACAGCGUCCCUGCUGCUGCGCUGGCACUGCGACACUCAAGGCACCUCCCAGGCCAGGGCCUGGUGAAUCGCAAGAGCCGGUGGGACAUGGUGGUGGUGGAUGCAGAUGCGGACGGGCCGGGCACGGGGAUAGAGCUGGGGCGCAUGGUGCAGCAACUGAAGGAGCUGAGAGAGGCGUGGGAGGCAACUCCUAUUGUGCCUAAACUGCUGCUGCUCACUCAGACGACAAACGACGACUUGGAGGCAGAGGCAGCGAGGCACGGAUUUUCAUGCAUCAUGCUCAAGCCCCUGCGAGCUGCCACCAUGGCCACCGCGCUCCUGCAGGCACUCGGGCUGAACCCACGGGAGACAACAGCACUGGCCACCAGGCGCAGGCAGCUGCUGCUGCGGCUGUGCCUCAAGGGGAAGCGGGUGUUGGUGGUAGACCACCAUUACAUCACGCGCAAGGCGGCUGCUGAGCUGGUUUCGCACUUUGCUGACGUGGUGGUGGCCGUUGACAGCUCAGUGGAGGCCCUCUCGCGGCUCACGCCGCUGCCACACUCCUUCCAGCUCAUCCUCGUUAAUAUCCGACUCGCUGACAUGCCUGGCUUUGAAUUCACGGAGGAGGUGCGGCGCCGGGAGGCGGAGCACAACAAGGCGGAGGUCCAACGGUGGGGCGCCACGUCAGCGCAGAGAAUCCGCGUGCCGAUCCUGGGGUUGGUGUCAGACAUGCACCCUGAGAUGGUGGCGCGGUGGCGCGAUGUGGGCAUGGAUGGGUUGCUCACUACUCCCAUUGAUGAAGCCCAGCUGCUGACAGUGGCUUCCAGGCUGUUCAAGCCAUCAGAGCAGCACUAG